GGGAAGUCUGGUCCAGUCUGUUCAGUGUCUGAAACCAUCUGAUACGUUCAUUUGGUGGUUCACUUCUUUAUUUCUUGCGUAGAUAGUAAAAAUGAAUGUGGUGGCAAAAUCGCCAAACGUGUCGCCGAUUUUAAAAGCGGCGACAACCGUAGUUACGAAUGGAUUUGCACCCGUAGCUGGUAGUGGUGUUGCAGCGAAACCUAAAAUUCUCGUUAAACCUGUCGCCAGUAUACUGAUUAAUCAAAGUAUUUCUGACAGUCUUUUCUGUAGAUCUCUGCGUGUAAGCUCAGGAAUCACAGGAGCUACGCAAACAUCGCAGAAAAGAUGGGCUCAUACAGAUAUUCAGUGGCCAGAUUUCACUCCGUAUCGAAAUGUAACAAACCCAGAAGAAAAAGUAAAAGAUAAUCAAGCUGCUAGAAGAUCAACCGCGUAUCUUGUGACUGGAGCUAGCGUGGUUGGUGGUAUCUACGUAGCCAAGGGGAUUGCCUAUGGCUUGGUAUCUUACAUGAGUGCAUCGGCCGAUGUAUUAGCUAUGGCUAAAAUAGAAGUAGAUCUUAGCACCAUUCCUGAAGGAAAAAGUGUUGUUUUCAAGUGGCGUGGCAAGCCACUGUUCGUGCGACACAGAUCAGCAGCUGAAAUUGCAAAAGAAGGAAAAGUCGAUAUUUCAAUUCUUCGAGAUCCCCAAAAUGAUUUAGAGCGUGUUAAACAACCAGAAUGGUUGGUUGUUCUCGGUGUGUGCACACAUUUAGGCUGUGUCCCAAUAGCGAAUGCUGGAGAUUUUGGUGGUUACUAUUGCCCUUGCCACGGUUCUCAUUAUGACGCUAGUGGAAGAAUUAGGAAAGGACCAGCCCCCCUCAAUCUGGAAGUCCCACAAUAUGAGUUUACUGACAGUAAAACGCUACUUGUUGGUUAAUAUAGUAAUAUCUGUAGUGAAAUCAAUAAUUUUAUGUAUAACAAAACAUCUUUUCCGAAAAUUGUAUCCUUAUUUAUAAAUUCGAAAAACAUGAAUUUCCGAUCUUUGAGAAGUCGAUAUAUAAAAGUAUUACCAACACGGUGGAGCUAUAUCUGUAAAAAUCAGGAAUAAAGCUUAACCGAAAUAGAAAUAAA